GCAGACUUCUCCCGUGGUCUGAGAUCCCUGCAAGCCUCCCAUUGGACCAUCCAGGCUAACCUUGAGAGGAUGAGAGAAUCUGUGCAGGGGCCUGCAACUCCCCAAUCUCGUCCUGACUUGCUUGCCCUCAAUGCUUUGCAUCUCAUGGAACAGCAAUCAUUCCUUACUUUGACUGAGGAGUACCUGGGUGGAGCAUCAGGGAACUUCUGGGUUGUUGUGCUUCUGAGGGAAAGGGAAUUGGCUGCCAGGGCCUUGCAACAGGAGGUUGACUCCCUGGAACAACAAGUCCAGAUCCUGCAAGGGGAGAGUGCUCGGCUCCAAGCAGAUAGCUCAACGGAGCUAGCAGCUGAGAGAUCCAAGGUCCAUUCCCUACAAGAUCAGAUUGUUAAUUACCAAAAAGAGACCCAGGACCUGGAAGUGCAGUUUGUUAGAUUCCGGGCACAAAUCUCCAUGCUGGAAUCAAGGGCCUCAGCUUCAGAGGGCCAGGUAGGAAGCCUGAAAGCUGAGUUGGCUGAAAGGGAGUCCCGGAUUUCUGCGCUGGAGGAUUCCCUCCAGGAUGCCAAGCGUGAGAGCUCCCGUUACAACGAAUUCGCCCUGAAGCAGAUGGAGGCAAGACGACUCGACCUUGAGAAGUCUCGGGGAGUGUACACCCGGGUCCCGGCGUGCUUCCUAGCAGUGCCAGGGCGGAAGUCUCUUCAGGUUGUCCUGGCACUUCUCGUCCGCAGAAGAGACGCCAUCCCCACUCAGGAGCUUCCCGGCUGGUCUCUGGUGCGAGGCCUUCUUCUCAGGGUUCCCCUUCCCCUCAGCAGUUGUAUGGACAGCCACCUGAGGAAUGGGGGGACUAUGACAUGGGGGGAAACAGGCUUCCCUUUAUACGCAGGGAAAAGGACGGAACCUUCCGGGAUCCACCUCCUCCCGCCGUAUAAGCGGAGUCUGGCCUUGAAUCCUUCCCUCAUGCCCUACCGUCCUCCCGGCUCGGCUUCAAAGGGACGACCGGAUGGUGCCAACGGAGGGGAUGCCUUUCAAUCCCAACCCGUUGGUUCCGUUUCGUAUCUUUUGAAUGUCAUGAAGGGAGACCGGUGGGCACCUUCAUGGGAUCGCCUGGAUGGUAUCCGUGGGGUUGGCUUUAGAUCCCUACCCGUUGGUACCAUUCUAAGUCCUGUGAAUGUCAUGAAGUGUCUUCGGCGGACACUCUCCAUGCCCCCCCAGCUCUGGGGUCCUUUUCCGGUUCAGGCAAGGAAACAAGGGACGUCUUCUUCUUCAGAUGAUGACUUGUCCAUCUCCCUAGCCCAAUCGAAUGACAUGGCCGGGUUGAGUCCCGGCGAGUUCUCGAGGCUUUAUCCGGCGCCCCGACUUCCUGCACCAUCUCCUCCCAGUCCACCCAGGCUUCCCUCCGGGGAGGUAGACUGGGACUCCAUGACUCUUCAGGACUUCGCCUUGUACCAGAGGAUGUGCAGGGCUAAGCUUGGACGUUCUUUGCUAACUGUUGAAGCGGAACCUUCAUGUGAAAGCAGGACUGCUUCUCCGAACCUGCUGAAGCCCCCCAACAAUGGUUUUCUAUUGAAGGGAGCAGCCCCUCGUCCUGGGACAUGGGAAGAUUAUGACCUAUGGAAAACCGCUGAUUCAUCAACGUGUCCCUUGUCAAAGAGAAGGAACCCAUGGAAGGGUCCCCCACCUCCUUCUUGUUGACUGCAUGGAUGCAAUAGGCCCUCCUUCAGUUCCUAGCCUCCUGCAAAUCAAAUUUCUUUUCCUUG